AUGGCUCAUCUUCGACUCACCAACUCGCUAGUUUCUCCCCUUCCCAACAAACUCGUUCCCUUCUCUUCACAAUCCAUAAUUCUCCACCAUCCUCUUUUCUUCGCCAAACCUAAACCGCUUAUCCGCUUCACCCGCCGAACCGGUUUGCCGCUCGUCCUCGCCGCUGUUGGCCAGGCCGAACCGAACCGGCUCCCUCAAACCCAUGUUCCGCAGGUCAUCACUGAAGAGGAGGAUGAUUUGCCCUCAAAAUCUCAGCACCAAGGUAGUCAGCUUAAAAAUCGGGUUGUUUUUGGACUUGGUAUUGGGAUUAGUGCGGGUGGUGUUGUUUUGGCUGGUGGAUGGAUCUUUGCGACUGCCCUUGCUGCUGCUGUCUUCAUUGGUGCACGAGAAUAUUUUGAAUUGGUUCGGAGUCAUGGAAUGACUGAAGGAAUGACACCACCUCCACGUUAUGUAUCGCGAGUCUGCUCAGUCAUUUGUGCCUUGAUGCCAUUGUUUGUCAUGUAUCGCGGUCAUGUUGAUGUUUCUGUGACUUCUGCUGCUUUUGUUUUGGCUAUAGCAUUACUCCUACAAAGAGGAAGUCCCCGUUUUGCACAGCUAAGUAGUGCCAUAUUUGGGUUAUUUUAUUGUGGAUAUCUUCCCUCUUUUUGGGUGAAACUUCGAUGUGGUUUAGCAGCUCCAGCCUUGAACACAAGAAUAGGAGCAACAUGGCCUAUACUUCUUGGUGGCCAAGCUCAUUGGACUGUUGGUCUUGUGGCAACUUUGAUUACCAUAAGUAGCGUAAUUGCAGCUGAUACAUUUGCAUUUCUUGGUGGCAAGGCAUUUGGUAGAACACCACUCACCAGUAUAAGUCCAAAGAAGACAUGGGAGGGUACUAUUAUAGGCUUUUGUGGAUGUAUAGUUACUUCUGUAGUACUGUCAAAAAUUUUCAGCUGGCCAAUAUCUUUAUUAAGUGCAAUAGCACUUGGUGUUCUGAAUUUCUUCGGGUCUGUUUUUGGUGAUCUCACUGAAUCAAUGAUUAAACGUGACGCGGGGGUGAAAGACUCUGGCACUCUAAUACCUGGUCAUGGUGGAGUACUAGACAGAGCUGACAGUUAUGUGUUCACGGGUGCUCUAGCAUACAACUUAAUCAAAACCUUUUUACCACUUUAUGGAGAGAGAAAAAAGAACAUGUUCCUGAAUCAUCCAGAUGAUACCAUCGCCCCAUCUGUAUGUGUGAAUUUGGGAUGGUUUUUCCCACUUCGAGACUAA